AAAACCAAAAAAAAAAUGCCAAAAGCCAUGAAUCCGAUUUCUUCUUCUCCAAGUUCCUCACUUUUUCACCUUAAUUAAAAACAACAAAAAGUUUCCCAUUAGUUUUCUUCUUCAAAUCCUCACUCUUUCUUCUUUUGCAUUAGAUCUUCACUACAUCACCCUCACAUUCGGGUUUUAGCGAAUUGCGAUUUUUUCAGAAGAGAUAGAAAAGAUGACGAAUGCGCCAUUUGAAGUUCCGGCAAAAGGUGGAUUUAGCUUCGAUUUGUGCAAAAGAAAUGAAAUGUUGUUGAAAACGGGACUUAAAGCUCCAACUUUUCUCAAAACUGGUACCACUAUUGUCGGACUCGUUUUCGAGGACGGUGUCAUUCUUGGAGCUGAUACAAGAGCAACGGAAGGCCCAAUUGUUGCUGACAAGAAUUGUGAAAAGAUUCAUUACAUGGCACCAAACAUUUACUGCUGUGGUGCAGGGACUGCAGCUGAUACCGAGGCAGUAACUGACAUGGUUAGUUCCCAGCUAAAACUUCACAGGUAUCACACUAGCCGUGAGUCAAGGGUUAUUACAGCUCUUUCUCUUCUGAAGUCUCAUCUUUUUAGGCAUCAAGGACAUGUCUCCGCGGCGCUGGUGCUAGGUGGAGUUGAUGUGUCUGGACCACAUCUUCACACUAUAUACCCUCAUGGAUCAACAGACACACUUCCUUUUGCUACAAUGGGAUCAGGUUCUCUUGCUGCAAUGUCCGUCUUUGAGUCAAAAUACCGUGAAGGACUCUCUAGGGAGGAAGGAAUUAAAAUAGUAUGUGAGGCAAUCUCCUCUGGUAUUUUCAAUGAUUUGGGAAGUGGAAGCAAUGUGGAUGUAUGUGUCAUAACAAAGGGAAAUGUAGAUUAUCUAAGAAAUCAUGUGCUACCAAACCCUCGUACCUACACAAGUGCAAAGGGCUAUUCAUUUACUAAGGCUACAGAGGUCCUUUCAACAAAGGUUACAUCGUUGAGUCUUCAAGUGGCUGAGGGAGGUGAAGCAAUGGAAGAAGAAUGAUGGUUUUGGUCAGUCGUGUAUUUGUAUUUGUGAUUGCAACAUGUUUCAUCUAAAUCUAAAUGCAGAUGCUGAUAUCCGAGUUCAUAGCGGAAUACUGUUGUGUUCUGUGAAACUUAGUCACUCCUAUGCGGACAAAAAGAUGAUAAUGGAUUACUACAUUUCCCUUUCUUUUUAUAGCUGCCUGUCUUUCUCAUGUCGCUUAAUUCUUCGGUAGUUUAGACUGCAGUAAAAGAGCCCUAUCAUGUUGCUUCAUUGUAACAAAUUGAUAUUGUAUGGAUUUUGCGCAUUUGAGAUUUUAAGUAGAGAUUUCUCUCGUA